GUGUCCGUUCCUUCCAGCUCGUCGCUCCUCCCUUCUCGUGUCCCGUCGUCCCCUUCUCCCAUCAGCGGGAGGGCGGCGGCGUCAGCCGGCAAAAAAGCAAAGCGUCACGAGAAGCUCGUUCCUUGACAGGCAGCCAUGAUUCCAAGGACGUCCUCGGUCUCUUCGUCGGCGGCGGCGGCGGCGCCCACCGCGGGCGCGCCGCCGGCGUGGCCGAGCGGCAGCGACGCGGCGGCGUUCCAGGCCUCGGGCAGCUCGGGACAUCAGCAGGUGGUCAUCAGCAACGGGGUGCUCCUCGCGGCGGUCAUCUUCCUCUUCAUGGUCGUCGUGUUCGUCUUCCUCCUCUACCUCUACGCCAAGCGGUACCUGGGCGCCGGGAACCCGCUCGUGGCGUCGCCGUCCUCGCGGUUCCUCUUCGUGGCCGCGUCCCCGCUCCCGCAGCGCGGCCUGCCCGCCUCCGCCCUGCGCUCCCUCCCCGUCGCGGUCUACGGCGGCGGCGGCCCGGGCACCAAGAGCAGCAAGGAGGCGCUGGAGUGCGCCGUGUGCCUGUCCGAGGUGGCCGACGGCGAGAAGGUGCGGACGCUGCCCAAGUGCGGGCACGCGUUCCACGUGGAGUGCAUCGACAUGUGGUUCCACUCCCACGACACCUGCCCGCUCUGCCGCGCCCCCGUCGGCGGCGACCUCGACGCGCUGCCGCGGGAGGAGCCCUUCGGCGCGUCGCUCGAGUUCCCCACCAACGUCCUGUUCUGGGGCACCCACGACGAGGUCGCCAACGCCGGCCUCGCCACGCCCCCGCCCCCGCCGCCGCCCGUCGCCAGCGCCGUCUCCGCGAGCUCCUCGGCCUCCGGGCGCAGGAAGGAGAACCUGGUCAUCGACAUCCCGACGCGGCCCGUGGCCCUGACCACCACGCCGCCCUUCAACUCCCCGCUGCCGGCGAGCCGGGUGCCUGGGAGCGCCGACGAGACGCGGUCCCCGGUCUCCGCCAGGCUGCGGUCGCUGCGCCGGCUGCUGAGCAGAGGCAAGCAGGCCGUGGUCGGCACCUCCUACAGCCCGCGCGGCGCCGGUGACGUCGAGCAGGGGCUCGCAGGAGCCGAGGCCGCCCGCCCGCCCAAGACGCCUCCGGCGUCGGACUGAUUCAGAUCCCCCCCGAGCUCCGGGUCGCAUUUGGCUCGACUCGCCGAUCACCGGAGCGCGCGUAAGCGUUCAUUUUUGUUCCCCGCUUUUCUUUCUUUCUUUACAUCUUGAUUCGAAAAAGGAACUUUCGGUCAAAAGGUUCCUGUGUAAACAGAGGAAAAGACCGAUGCUGGUUGGUUGUUGUUGGGGGAAAAAAUGGUGGAUUUGUUCAUAUGUUUACCAAGAAACUUUUCUUGAAAUUUUGACUUUGUUGGCUUCCUGGUCA